AUGUCUAGAAGACAAAUCGACAUCGACAAGGACAGGGCCACCGUGCUCCUCCUUAUCAAUACCCAUCUUAUAAAAAAAGCGUACCAGAUGUACGUGUCUUUCUUGAGCAACCCGCCGGCGCUUCAGCUGUUGGCUCCUCAAGGUAGACAGCAGGUUUUGGAACAAUACCUGAACUUGAACAAAAGACUCCAGUGCAACCUAUCUGUCUUGUCAUACAUCAACGACACGUAUCAUAAUAAGGCUGCUGCACAGCAGCCCAACAGAUUGCAGUUCCCCGUGAUCCUUCUGGCACCAGCAGAACUACCCGAAUUGCGCCAGCUAUAUAAGCGGCUUCAGGACCUUUAUCCCGAGGCGUUGCAGUUCUUGAAGGCCAAAUUGCAGCAAAUCAAACAGAUCAGGGAAUGCAGCGGCCUGGAAUGCCCAUACGAUCAGUUUGCAGUGCCACCAAACUCGGACAUGAACAGGGCUCGGGCCCAAAAGCCGGACCAGCCGCAGAAACCCAUGAACAUGCCACAGAACCUGUUUAUGGGCCCACCAAAGGACGAUUUCCAUGCAUUCAACAACAACCCAAACGCUCCCAACGGUCCAGGUGGUCCGGGCGGACCUGGUAACGGCGGCUUUGCCGGCGGCUUCAAUGAAAACCCCGACAUGCCCAUGAACAUGCUGUCGAUCCUGCCUCAGCAGAUUUUGCAACAGCAGCAGCAACAGCAGCAGCAAAAUGGCGGUGCCAACGAGUUCCUGAUGGACUUCUACUAA